AUGAAUAGAUCAUGUCUCUGUAGUAUCCUAAUCACAACAGCUCUGAUAUGUGGUGCUUACUUCAUUGGCAAUGCUUAUCUUGCUAAACAAUUUAAAGAGAAACUGCUAAGCUGGGAAAUCACCGAUAAGAUGCAUAAUAUCACUGAGAAUAUGCAUAAAAUCACUACCGAUAAGAUGCUGCUGAAUGCAACAUUGCGUACUUGUGAGAAUCUCAAUAAACCGUUGGGUACUGAAUCAUUACCGCAAGGAAUUAUCGCCAAAACGUCAAACUUGGAAACGCAACAUCUAUGGAACUACGGUGACACGAAAAAGGGAAAUGUCAACCGAUCGAUGAGUUUGUUAGCCAUGGCGGUUGGAAUCAAGCAAAAGAAGCUAGUCAACAAAGUUAUCCAAAAGUUUCCUCCUCGAGAUUUCGUGGUCAUGCUUUUUCAUUAUGAUGGUGUUGUCGACGAGUGGAAACAGUUUCCAUGGAAUGCGGAUGCAAUUCAUGUUUCCGUAAUGAAUCAAACAAAAUGGUGGUUUGCCAAGCGGUUCUUGCAUCCUGAUAUAGUUGCAGAGUAUGAAUAUAUAUUUCUUUGGGACGAAGAUCUCGGCGUAGAGCAUUUUAAUCCUCAAAGAUACCUAUCUAUUGUAAAAAAAGAAGGCCUUCAGAUAUCGCAACCCGCUCUCGACACUUCGAAAUCAGAGGUGCAUCAUCCCAUAACUGCUCGUCGGAAGAACUCAAAAGUUCACAGGAGGAUGUAUAAAAACAAAGGUAGCGGGCGAUGCGAUGACCAGAGCACCGAUCCUCCAUGCAUUGGGUGGGUAGAAAUGAUGGCACCUGUUUUCUCUAGAGCAGCAUGGAGGUGUUCUUGGUAUAUGGUUCAGAACGAUUUGAUCCAUGCUUGGGGUCUGGAUGUCCAGCUUGGUUAUUGUGCUCAAGGUGAUCGGAAGAAAAAUGUAGGUGUUAUUGACGCGGAGUACAUAAUUCACUACGGUCUUCCAACGCUUGGUGUGGUUGAAACCGCUUCAACCUCUGUGCGGAAUGAGACAGACCCGAAAUCAACGGAAUCAUCAGAGUCUCAUGAAGUUGAUAAUAGACCUGAAGUGAGGAUGAAAUCAUUUGUAGAAAUGAAAAGAUUCAAGGAACGUUGGAAAAAAGCUGUGAAGGAUGAUAGAUGUUGGGUUGAUCCGUAUUGA